GAACCUGCUCUCUCUCCCUCUCUCUCCCCCAAGUUCUCCUUUCUCAGCUUCAGGAAACCAGAGAGAAAACCAAACCCUAGCUUCUUGGUUCCGUUUCUCUAGUCGGUCGAUGCUCCGUUGUGGCGAGCCAGUGAAGGGCCAAAGAGAGGGUUCCGUCGUUAAAUGCUCUCUCUGCUCCUCCUCUCCAAUUUCAUGUCUACCAUCGGCUUCUUCUAUACCCCCCCUCUCUCUCCUGGGCUCGCAAAACCCCUGAUUUCUCAUUCCUUUCGCAUACGAUUCGGACAUUGCCGGAAGUGCUGGGGUGAUCUGGGAUUGUUUGGAAUAUAUAGAGACGUCUGUGCGCCUGAAACAUGAGUGAUUCCAAGGUAGUUCUCUUUGGUUCAUUCACUGAAGACGAAACUAAGUCAUUGCUGCUAAGGCAGUCUUCCAAAAGUGCUGAAAAGGCUGCUGAUAAGAGAGAACUACGAAUAGGCUCAUUUCCCAAUGUCAAUAGCGAUGAUCGAUCCAGCAGAUAUGUGGAUUCUUCAGGGGGGUUAAUAGCUUUUGGGAGCUUAAAACCUUUAAAGAAACAUGCAGAAUCAGAUGUAGCAAAGGCAAAGAGCCAUGCACUGAUAGCUUCAGGUAUUCCAAAAGAAAAUGGAAACUUCAAUCACAUCCAUGUUUCCUCUAGUAGUAAUGGGGGGAAAGAAGUAGAAGUAGAUAGUAUCAGUUCAACAUCCAUAAGCGGAUCCCUAAAUGGAGACAGUCCCUCUUGUCACUCUCAAAAGUCAAUGUUUCGUGUUCUUGAUGAUGAAGAAGCAAAAGGCGGCGACCUGAAUUGUGUUAUUGGGGAUUUUCCACGGAUGGUGUCUAAGGAGGGAAUUCUGAACGAAUCAAAUGGGUCUGUGCCAUGUUUGAAGGACCUACUUCCACGAGGCUUAAUUAAUUCUGGUAACUUGUGUUUUCUUAAUGCGACUCUACAAGCUCUUCUCUCCUGUGCUCCUUUUGUGCGGCUCUUGCAUGACCUCAAGCAGCGAGACAUUCCAAAGGUUAGUUAUCCCACUUUAGUUGCAUUCACUGAGUUCAUCUCUGAAUUCGAGAUGCCUGCUGGCUCAAGCUCAAACAGAAAGGACCUCAAUUCUCUGGAGACUGGAAGGCCUUUUAACCCUGCUAUGUUUGGAGCCGUGCUGAAGAGUUUUACUCCAGAUGUGCCAAAUAGCAUGUCAUCAAGGCCUAGGCAAGAAGAUGCACAGGAAUUUCUAAGCUUCAUCAUGGAUCAAAUGCAUGAUGAAUUACUUAAGCUUGGUGGGAAUUGUUUGUUAGUUAAUGGGGGAAAAUCAUCUUUAGUUUCUUCUGUGGAAGAUGAUGAAUGGGAGACGGUUGGCCCAAAGAACAAAUCGGCAGUGACUAGAACACAAAGUUUUGUCCCAUCAGAACUGAGUGAUAUCUUUGGUGGACAAUUGAAAAGUGUGGUGAAGGCAAAAGGAAAUAAAGCUUCUGCAACUGUUCAACCCUUUCUCUUGCUACAUCUAGAUAUUUGCCCAGAGGCUGUUCAUACUAUUGAGGAUGCGCUUCGAUUGUUCUCAGCACCAGAAACUCUCGAGGGAUAUAAACCAUCAGCAAGCGGAAAGGCUAGUGUGGUGGCUGCAAGGAAAUCCAUCAAAAUUCAAAAACUUUCCAACGUAUUGAUUCUGCACCUGAUGCGGUUUGGGUAUGGAAGCCAAGGAAGCACCAAGUUGCAUAAAGCAGUGUAUUUUCCCCUUGAAUUGGUUUUGGGUCGUGAGCUGCUUGUGUCUUCAUCUACAGAGGGCCGCAAAUACAAGCUUGUUGCUACUGUAACCCACCAUGGCAGGGAGCCCACAAAGGGUCACUACACUACUGAUACUCUGCACGCUAAUGGCCAGUGGUUGCGGUUUGAUGAUGCAUCUGUGACUGUUAUUGGGACAAAUAAGGUAUUGCACGACCAGGCAUAUGUCCUCUUCUACAAGCAAGUUUAAGUGUGCAGAAUGUUUAUGGAUGUGUGUACCUUUGUCAAAGGAAAGAGGCCUGCUGAUUCGAGUAACUUAUCAGUUGAUAACAAAGUUAUUACUAUGAAUCACUGGCAAAAAGCCAGAUGUCAUGGCUGUGUAUCAUUGUCCAUUUAUGUUGGGAAACUUGAGGUAGUUCUUGGCCUCCCUUUUCUGAUGGUCUUCUGGGUGAGGUUGUAAAUUUUUUUUGGGGGUUUGACAUAUUGUUAAUGAAUGGAUUGUAGUUGAAAUUUCUGCUACUUGGAGUAAAUUAAUUCUCAGUUUUGAUAUGGUUAAAUUUUCGCUUUCCGUUAA